GUCGUGUUCCCAAAAGAAAACAGCACCAUCAUGUCCACUCCCUUGAAAACCUAUAAUUGUUAAUUCGCUCCUUCCCACCUUUCAUCUGAUAUGAUAGUCUCAUGAAACACAUGCAGACUAAACACUUUUCGAUCCCUACAACCCCACGAGUGAACCUCAACACUCCGCCCACGCGCUCUCUCAUCGUUUCUAUACAAACCACAAUCAUUUCACUUUGCAUACGGCAUUCAGCUUUCAUAUCUUAUUCGGUCACUUUCAUCACUCAUUCCUUAUUCUCGGCAUGGAUUCCGCAUAUUUUCUUUAAACUGCAUCUCUCAUUAUCAAGCGUCCUAGCGCUCACUCUUCUGUAUCUUUCUCUGUCACAUUCCCUUUCUCUUUCCGUUUAUUAUCAGCGACAGUUCAAAUAGGCAGCCAGUCCUUGUCAUCUAUCAGCUGAAAAAAAGAAAAUAAUAUAAUACAAUCAUACUAAAAGAGGUUAUAUC